CCGGGUUUCCGUCCUCCGUGGCCGCCAUUGGUUGGGCUCGAAGCAGCUGACAGGGAGCGGCUGGGCGUGUGAGCUUCGAGGAUGGCGGCGUCCGGGGUACUGAUCCUGCGGGAGAGCCCCAGCAUGAAAAAAGCAGUGUCGCUGAUAAAUGCAAUAGAUAUAGGAAGAUUUCCACGAUUGCUCACCCGAAUUCUUCAAAAACUUCACCUGAAGGCUGAGAACAGUUUCAGUGAAGAAGAGGAAGAAAAACUUCAAGCUGCAUUUUCUCUAGAGAAACAAGAUCUUCACCUAGUUCUUGAAACAGUAUCAUUCAUUUUAGAACAGGCAGUAUAUUACAAUGUGAAACCAGCAGCUUUGCAGCAGCAGUUAGAGAACAUUCAUCUUCAACAAGACAAAGCAGAAGCAUUUGUCAGUGCUUGGUCUUCCAUGGGUCAAGAAACAGUCGAAAAAUUCAGGCAGAGGAUUCUUGCUCCCCAAAAGCUAGAGACGGUCGGAUGGCAGCUUAACCUUCAGAUGGCUCAUUCUGCUCAAGCAAAACUGAAAUCUCCUCAAGCUGUGUUACAGCUAGGAGUGAGCAAUGAGGAUUCAAAGAGUAUGGAAAAGGUUCUUGUGGAAUUCAAUCACAAGGAGCUGUUUGAUUUCUAUAACAAGCUAGAGACCAUACAAGCACAGCUGGAUUCCCUUACAUGAUGCUCCUGAAGACUGGUUUCUCCCGCACACUCCUGCCACCUCAUUAUUUUGCUUUGAAGAUAGACUGCCAGGUUGUGUUUUCUGAAGGAUUCAGUAGUUUUCUUCUUGUAAAUUAUAUGGUUUGUCACUUCUUAGACAAAUAAUAGCUAAGAGAAAUCAUUUUCUGAGGACUGAGGUUUAAUAUAUAUUCUCUAGUUCCCUGAGCCAACAGCAAGCAAUUGUUAAGAGCACUUUUGCUUUUAAAAAAACAAAAGUGAAUGCUAUAUUGUUUUUACUGUCCUAUUUUGGCUUUAUUGCCUAACAAGCUUUUUUUUAACAUACUUGAUGACACCUAUACAAUCCCUGGAUACAAGAACUCCAGUAAUUACAUUAAUAAAAGUAAGAAAGCAGACACAUGCAAUCACAGUACAGUAUUUUUCCUUGAAUAUAAUGAGUAUAUUUUGUUUUGGAAAUAAUAUAGGAAAGCAAUUAAAAAUAGUGUAUCAGGUAAUUCUAGUAUGGGCUUCUCUGUGCAUUUUUAUAUUUUCUCUGAGUUUAAUGAUUUAAUAACAGUACAGGUUUUUGUAUGUUUUUCUUUGUGCUGCAGAUUAAUAAAGAUUUGCUUCAUAAUAUGGGGGACAGAUUCAGAUUAUGAAUAAAAAGAACUAUAAUAAAUGCUAAAUGGGUAUCCUUAAAAAUUUCAAAACAUAACUUUUACAUUCACUUUCUGUAUAUAUGUUAAUUAAUUUCAGUCAAUAAAAUUUUUCUUAGAAUUA